CUUGAUAAAGCGACACCUCUUGACACACCACUUCCCUCGCUUGCACCCCCAUUCACUUCCUUCCAUCCUCGCGGCACCCCACCGCCGACACACGCGGGUCACAAGUGCCGACGCUUCGCCUCGCGCGUCUGCUUUCGGCCGUAAGUAUAGUGAUCGAAGCGCAAAUUGCGCGCGCUGCCCUAUCUCGCUUUGCAGCAUCGCUCAGGAUUCGUCCUGCUACCACACUUCAACUUCAACGCUCACGACUUCUGCCUGCGCGCGACCCGAAAGCCUCCUGCCAUUUCAGCUUUCAACCCAGAUCCAUCAGAAAUGCCUGCUGCACGAACAGGAAGUGUCGUCGGUGGGCCUGCCGGAGCUUCUGAUGUGACUCCAGAGCAGUCAGCUGCAGAGGUGCUCGCGCAGAGGAGGGAACAGAACAAGCUCGCUCAACGCAGAUUCAGAGAGAGAGCUAGAGAGGCCAAACGGGCUGUUGCUGCCUCAUCGUCAUCGCAAGAGCUUAUCGCAGCGACGUCCACAUCUGCUCACCGCACACCCUCCGCCUCCGAGGAUAUGUCAGCCUCUUCCAGCUCGAACCCGACACCUUACAGCACCACCUUUCAGAGCGCGAGCAGUGUCGAUCAGCAUGGCAUCACUACCGCACUCGGCACGAGCGUCUCGGCUGAGCUCGCAGCCAGCGCGGGGUUCUUUGCGAGCCAAUUGCAGCAGCCAACGCACUUGCCUAGCAGCGUGUCCUCCGCUCCUCAGCAGCCGACCGAUGCACCCAGCCCUUUCACACAAUGGUUGCAGAAUGGCGUCUCGCAAAGCUUUCCCACCAAUCAUCUGCCUUCCGACAUAGUGACAAGCGAGCAAUGGACCGACGCGCUAGGAGGAGAGCAGCGCACACCCGGCGGAACAUCGGUCGCUGCGCGCGCAUUGGAAGAUUUGCUCGAGGCGGCCCUGCCAAACACCAUUGCUCAGCUCUGCGCUACGAAUGCCGAAGCAGCCGCAAGAGAGGCGGCGCCGUACUUUCGAAGCACGAGACAUGCAGAUGGUGGCAACGUCUCAUUUAGUGGAAGCGACGCUGCGUCCCACCUCGGCAGCAGCGCAUCGAGCGCGUCAUUCCACUCGUCUAGCGGGCAUGCGCAGUCUUCGCCAUCUGGCUCGUCAAGCGGCUCGCCAUCGUCGGGAUCCUCCUCUUCACCACCUUCUGAGGGCGCACCCAUCAACAUCAUCGAUGUUGCCAAGGUGCUCAAGGGCAGCACAGAAAACCUAUUCAAGGAUGCGUCCGAAUUAAUGUCUCGUGAACCGCGCGACCCGCAACGGAAAGCGUAUCAGGCUGCCAUGGUGCUGGCGGCGGGAGAACAGCUCAAGAUGAUGAGCAAGUGCGAUUUCGACAGGUUCUGCAUGUUCAGCAGUCGCUCGCUUGGGUUGGGCAAGCCGGUAGACAUGGAACAGCGCCAUACGGUGCAAGCCAUGUUCUGCAAUGCCCGAGUCAUGGGCUUCACACACGAAGAUCUCGCGGACUACGAGGGCGUGUCGGCGCUCGGCGAGUGCUAUUUGGCGCGCUGCAGGCCGCAAGUCCAUCAUAACAGCAUCAGCGUGUGUCCGGUCAACGGCUUGCAGGUGACCACGGUCGGUCAGUCGACACAACCCCUCGAUUUGCGAACGGAUGAAGUGCUGGAGCGCAAAUGGCAAGAGAUGCCGCAGAACAUGCUGCCGACAAAAUUGCAAAUGGCCGUGGACAACCGUAGACCAUCCGUGGCUGGACGUCUUGCCCUGGCCAAGUGUUCGCGAUCGCAUUUUGGCGCUGUCGGCUGCCAAGCUGAUUGACGAGGACGAGCUUUGCUUCGACAUGUGCAUCUCUGGCAACACUGGCGAGGCCGAACCAGCAUUCAUCGUCAUCGGAACUGACACGACUGCAGAGUUUGGCUGGGAAGUCAGUCCCUGGUUCUUGGAAAAGUGGCACAUCAUCCUCGAUACGA